AAAAAACACACACACUUUCACACAAACACGCUGGGUGUAACAAAACAGUGGGAGCGAUGGGUGUAACAAAAGAAACUUGCCGGAAUGAACUCAGAGCUGCAAUCCGUCAACUUACAGAUCGCUGUCUCUAUUCUUCAUCCAAAUGGGCUGCAGAACAAUUGGUGGGUAUUGAACAAGAUCCAGAAAAGUAUCCACCUUCACAAACAAGAUUAUUGCAGCGUGAUUGUUCAAGCAUACGGCGUCGUUUUCGUGCCACCGAUGAGGUUACUUGUACUCCGGUUGCUGGAACCUCUUACGUGUCUACUCCGUUGCUCGAGGAGGAAAAUGAGGCUGUGGGGGAGAAUGAGGCUGUCGAUUUGGAUAUUUAUUUACUUGCGAAAUCGUAUUUUGAUUGCAGGGAGUAUAGGAGGGCUGCUCAUGUUUUGGGUGAUCAAAAGGGGAAAAAAGCUUUGUUCUUGAGAUGUUACGCUCUUUAUUUGGCUGGUGAAAAACGAAAAGAAGAAGAAACCAUCGAACUCGAGGGACCUUUGGGUAAGAGUGAGGCUGCGAAUAGGGAACUGGCGUCCAUAGAACGAGACUUAUCUGCAGUUUUUAAAAAUGGGACAAUUGACCCUUUUGGCCUUUACUUAUAUGGUCUUGUUCUUAAAGAAAAAGGUAACGAGAAUCUUGCUCGAACCGUACUUGUUGAGUCUGUUAACAGCUAUCCAUGGAACUGGAGUGCUUGGUUAGAGUUGCAAUCCCUAUGCACUACAAUCGAGACACUUAACAGUCUUACACUUAAUAAUCAUUGGAUGAAAGACUUCUUUCUUGCAAUCACGUAUCAUGAAUUACGGAUGUACAAUGCGUCCUUACGUAAGUACCAGUACUUGCAAACAACUUUUAGGUUUAGUAACUACAUUAAAGCCCAAAUUGCUAAAGCCCAAUACAAUAUGCGGGAGUUUGAACAGGUUGAGGCUAUCUUUGAAGAACUUCUUAGAAUCGACCCAUAUCGUGUUGACGACAUGGACAUGUACUCUAAUGUGCUGUAUGCAAAAGAAUGCUGUUCGGGCUUAAGUUAUCUUGCUCACCAAGUUUUUAUGACGGAUAAAUACCGACCCGAGUCCUGUUGCAUUAUCGGGAAUUACUACAGCUUAAAGGGACUUCAUGAGAAAUCAGUUAUGUAUUUUAGGAGGGCACUUAAGUUAAAUAAAAGGUAUUUAUCUGCAUGGACCUUGAUGGGGCAUGAGUAUGUUGAGAUGAAAAAUACCCCAGCUGCUGUUGAUGCUUACAGACGUGCUGUAGAUAUAAACUCGUGUGACUAUCGCGCAUGGUAUGGGCUAGGACAAGCUUAUGAGAUGAUGGGAAUGCCCUAUUAUGCGCUUCAUUAUUUUAAGAAAGCAGUGUCUUUGCAGCCUAAUGAUUCUCGGUUGUGGAUAGCUAUGGCCCAUUGCUAUGAAACAGACCAACUUCGUAUGCUUGAGGAGGCAAUAAAGUGUUAUAGAAGGGCGGCUGGCUGUAAUGAUAGAGAAGCGAUUGCUCUUAAUAAGCUAGCUCAGCUGCACAAUGAGCUGGGGCAAAUUGAAGAGGCUGCAUUCUAUUAUAAGAAAGAUUUGGAAAGAAUGGAAGAUGAAGAACGAGAAGGACCAAAUAUGGUUCAAGCUCUUCUGUUUCUUUCUAAGCAUUACAGAGCUCAGAAAAGAUAUGAAGAAGCUGAAGUGUAUUGCACUCGUAUUCUUGAUUAUAAUGGCCCUGAGAAAGAAGAAGCAAAAGGUCUUCUUCAAUCAAUUAAACGUGCACAACGUGGUCUCCCUCCCGUGGACAUUGGAAAUUUCUCUUCAUAAUAUACAGUUACUGCUCUUGUGUCUCUCUAUUUAGGUAUGCAUCCUCCCUCUUUUCCAUUUAGUGCAUGAAAUACGAAAAUUUCUAGUAAAGAUCUAACACAAUUUUGUGUUUAGAAAUAGGACCUGGAAAGAUUCCUCAUUCAUUUUGUUUUAGUUAGUAGUUUGACUAUCUUGUGUAAUUUUUAUUUUUACAAUAUAUUCUAGUUGAUAGCUUCAUCCAGA